GGGAGCGGCGGGGGUAGCGCCGGGACACAAAAGAGCAGCUCAAGGCAGGGGCGUUGUGAGAGCAGCGGCUUGCGCGUGUGUUAAGGGCGUCUCUUCUGUACCUGCAGGUGUGGGAGCAGCCCGGACUCCUGCUGUUCCGGGAUGGAUGCUGGUGUGCCGCCCGAUGCGCUGGGUCGGCGGGUCUCCUGUGGCACCGACUAUGGGACUGUGCGCUAUGUGGGCAGUGUGUCUCGUACUGCAGGAAUUUGGCUGGGUGUGGAAUGGGAUGAUCCUCAGAGGGGAAAGCAUGAUGGCAACUAUGAAGGAACACAGUAUUUUAAGUGCAGGCAUCCUAAAGGAGGAUCGUUCAUCCGGCCAAACAAAGCAAAUUUUGGAGUAGAUUUUCUUACUGCAAUAAAGGAUCGGUACGGAUUGAAUGAUAAGCAAGAUGUUCAGUAUGGGACAGGGAAUACACUAGUAUUUGGAACGAAGAUUGUGGAAUUUGUUGGCAUGGAUUCUGUUGCAGAACAGCAAAGGCAACUGAACAAACUGGUGGAUAUCUCAGUGCGUGAGUGUGCAGUGAGCCAUGCUGGUCAGGAAGAGGAAAUCAGCAGAACGUGUGCCAAUAUGAGGCAUAUAAACCUAUCAAAAAAUCUGAUAUCAUCUUGGGAGACAGUAAUAGCUAUUGCUUCUCAAGUUCAAAAUCUGGAAACACUUAAUGUCAGUGAAAACAAAAUGAGAUUUCCAUCUACAUCAACUUUUACAUCCAGUGCAUUUUCAAACUUGAAGAUUCUGGCACUUAAUCAAACUGAAAUAACAUGGACAGAGGUUCUUCUUUGUGCUCAAGGAUGGCCAGUACUUGAAGAGUUGUACCUUUCUUCUAAUAAUAUUACAGAUUUGAAAAGGCCUGAUAAUGUCCUGCAGACCCUGAAGUUGUUAGACCUUUCAGACAACCAGUUACUGGAUGGAAAUCAGCUGCAUCUAAUAGCACAGCUCCCCAGAUUAGAACAGCUAAUAAUUAGAAAUACUGGGAUAUCUUCUAUACAGUUUCCUGAUGCUGAAUUUGGAUGCAAGACGAAAAUGUUUCCUUUGCUAAAACGCCUUGCAAUAAAUGACAAUAAAAUAUCACAGUGGUCAUCUAUCAAUGAGCUUGACAAACUGCCAAGUCUGCGGGCACUGCAGUGUAGCAAUAACCCCUUCAUGGACACAGAGAAGAACCCAGAGACCCUGAUACAGCUCAUUAUUGCCAAGAUCAGUCAGUUGGAGGUUUUGAACAACUGUGAGAUCCUUCCUGCUGAAAGAAGAGGAGCAGAGCUUGAUUAUCGCAAAAUAUUUGGAAAGGACUGGCUAGAAGCUGGUGGGCAUUGGAACCCAGAGAAAAACAAACCAAGUGAAGAAUUUCUUGCUGCCCAUCCCAGAUACCAAACGCUUUGUCUUAAAUAUGGAGCACCUGAAGAAGGAGAGCUUAAGGGACAACAGCCUUUGACUCUGAAAAAUCAGCUCCUGACUUUGACAAUUAAGUGCCCUGAGAAACCUGAACAGAAACCAGUGGAAAAAAAACUACCAGACUCUAUGACUAUUCAGAAGGUCAAAGGACUGCUGUAUCGCCUAUUUAAAAUUCCUGGUUCGGAACUGAAACUGUCCUACGAAAGUUCUAAAUUGGAAGGAAAAGAAGUUGAACUAGACAAUGACUUAAAGCCUUUGCAGUUUUACUCAAUAGAAAGUGGAGACUGUGUGUUAGUACGGUGGUAAGAAGGGACUCUUUUGCUGGA